AUGUCUCCUUCCAGGUUUUCCGUGCUGGCUCUGCUGCUGCUCUCAGCCUACUGCUGGGCUGAGGAGUCAGUAUAUUGCUUUAUUUUUAUAUUAUUUGCAGAACUGUCUGCAUCCGAACUUCUGGAGAAAGCCAAUGCCAACAUUGUACGUCGUGAAGGUGAGCCCAUCCUUAUUGAGGGAGACAUCGCCAUCGACAAUGAAGAGGAGGAGAGGAACGCUGACCCCUGCACCUCCAGAGGCUGCAUGUGGGGAAAGUACACCGACGGAAAGGUCUACGUCCCCUACUCCAUCUCCAACAACUUCUCUUCUAGGGAAAAGUCCAUCAUCACCCGUGGUCUGGAGUCUUUCUCCUCCUUCUCCUGCAUCCGCUUCAGACCCAGCAGAAGCUCUGACCGUGACUGGCUGAGCAUCGAGUCUCAGAGCGGCUGCUGGUCGUAUGUAGGUCGCCGUGGGAGAAAGCAGGUGGUGUCUUUGUCCCGUAGAGGUUGUCUUUACCAUCAGACUGUCCAGCAUGAGCUGCUCCACGCUCUGGGCUUUAACCACGAGCAGACCCGCUCUGACAGGGACAACCACAUCAGGGUGCUCCUGGAGAACGUGGUGUCUGAUAAACAUCAUAACUUUAGAAAGAUCGCCACUCUGAACCAGGGCACUCCCUAUGACUACGGCUCUGUCAUGCAAUACCACAGGACUGCUUUCUCCAAGAAUGGUAAGCCCACCAUGAUCCCCAUCCCCAAUUCCAAUGUCAACCUGGGAGGAGCUAGGGAGAUGAGCGCCAAUGACAAAAAGAGGCUCAACACUCUGUACAAGUGCUAAGGAAGACACCCUCAUGGACUGGAGAAGCCUCAAGCCAGCAGACAGC